CGCUGCGAACUCGCCGUCACCCGGAAGAGAGGAGCGUCGGAGUGUGUGUGACGAUUGUUUACAUUUCCUGCAGCUGGUAAAAUGAAUCCUCCGAUGAUCAACUCGACCAACUCCGUGUCAACAACCAAAAGAAAACGAGAGGCUGAGCGGUCAGUUAACUGGACAGUGGAGGAAACUCAGGUGCUGCUGUGCGCCUGGAGCGAUGAGCGCGUCCAGAAGAGUUUGGCAGAAAACCUUCGCAACCGCCAUGUCUUCAAACACCUCUCGGCCCGCAUGAGCGAAAUGGGUUUCUCCCGGAGUCCACACCAGUGCCGCCUUCGGGUCAAAACUCUGAAGGCUAACUAUGUGAGAGCCAAACUGCAGAGGAGCGUGGACAGCUUGCAGCCUUGCACUUUUAAAUACUUUGCAGACAUGGAUGCCGUGUUGGGCCGGAGGUCAGCAGGAGGGGAAGGAGGGCCCUAUUUUGUUUCUCCAGAACGGAUCGCUGAGUGUAACCUUGACUCCAUGGACAGGACAGGAAGUAUCCCGCCAGAUGUCAAUUCUAAUACUGAGAUUAGUGGACACCAUUUUGGCUCUUUGGGGAGGACAGGAAGACCAUGUUUGAGCUCUUUAGAGGAGAGAGGAGGCCGCCAGUCUUGGCAGUUGGACUCAGAAGUCAAGUUGGAAGAUGGAGAAGAUUCAGCAGAUGAGUUUGAGUUCGGUAACACAGGAUUCCCACAGCGUCCGAGAGACAGACACCAUGGAGUUUAUCUGGAAUCACCCAUCCAUCAAGAAAUUAGUGGUACACUAGUGGAAAACAGCUUGAGCACUCCUUCUCCACAUGUAGUACCACCUCCACCUCCAACUGCUCCUUCUCCUCCCCCUCAUACCCAACCUGCCGCCUCUCCACUCCCUGCACCCCCAGAUCCAAGCCCUACCACCCUCCCCAGCUCUGGCCACCAUCACCCCGAGUCCACCUGCCUGGAACCCGUCCUCAAGCACCUGUCGGAGUGCUUCCAGCGGUUGGUGUCGGAGACGCGGGGCCUGCUGGUGCAGCUGGAGAGUCAGCGACAGGAGCAGGCCCGCUGGCAUCAGGAGCUCCUGGCCCAGUGGCUGCAGAGGGAGGAGCGCCGGCAGAGGGAGACGGCUGAGAGAGAGGAGAGGAGGGAGAAAGCUCGCAUGGAGCAUGAGAUCAGAGUCCUUGAGCUCCUCACCAGUCUAGCCAGAGAACAUGGGUGUAGAUGUGAAGGCAGCCAGACUGCAGCAGAGGCAGCAACUGGUCCAAAUCAUACCUUGAACAAAGGCAGACAUUAAGAUGCACUCACACCAAGGAUUUUUACAGUGGUUAACCCAAAGUGUGACAUGGUGUCAUGGUAUAUAAGCUCAGGUGGAAUCAAAUAACGGCACUGAUAAUGUAAACAGCCACACUCAGGACGGUUUAGGCCUUAACCCUGAGUGAUAUAUAACUUUUAAUAGAACCAAAUGCAGGAGAAGCCUGUGUUCAGAGAGCUUAGAAGAAGAAAUUACAAUUGUAUGGACAAUUUGUUCUUCUGUCUGUCCUCUGUCACAACAUCUGCAAGGGUUGGUAGGUGUCGGUUGAUUGUAAUGGUUGUAAUGGAAUUGUUUCAUGCACUUUUAUAUAAAUUAAAAAA